AGAGAAAGAAAAGGAAAACAAACCCUUCGCUGCCAUCAGAACUAAAUGGUUGUAAUGCGAGGAGGUUCAUGGCUCCCCACCGCUUCUGUCCGUAGAAAUCAAGGUGACGGCAACUCGUCAAGAUACCACCGAUAACAACGGAAAACGCUUUUCCUGGCGGGAGUUUACCGCUGAGGCGUUGGAUGGAUGAUGAGGAGGAGGACAUGUCACUGCCCAUCUCACAGCUCAGGGUAUUGCCCUUUGAGGACGUCAGAUACGAAGACCGGGCUACGCAGAUCGCAGCCGGACAGACCCUGGCUGCCGUCACCGCCGCCGUGGCGGCGUCGCAGGGCCACAGCAACAACGGGAUCAACACGCUCCCCUGCAGCAUACACUUGCAGGCUCCCAUACCUUUCAACGGCAACCCUGGAUUGCCCUUACAUCUUCCUGUUCAGUUUGGGCCUAUGGAGGACCGGGGAGAAAGACAGAUCGCUGAGGAGGAGGACAGAGGGGAGGAGAACGAUAGAAUGGCACAGAGGCCCCACGUGGAGCCCGUCGGGAUGAGCAUUGAGGUCCAACUUGGUCGUAAACUCCGGGAAAUUGGAGACAAAUUCAACCAGGAUCACGUCGAACUGUUCGUGAGGCAUCAGAGACAGAACCUGCCUGUGUGGAUGCGCCUUACAAUUGCCCUCUUUGGAUUUUUGUUUCCAAGAGAGGCUCUGGUGCCGCGGCUAAGAGGAGAACAGAGAUGAAGAGACUUCCAUCUGGUUCUUGUUCUCUAAAUUGGACUGAAAGCGAAGAGAUGGCACUGUAAGAUGGAACGACGGGUUUGGAUUUUUCUUGUCUAACUGAAUAUAAGGAUGAGAUGAAGAAGAUAGCAGUCACCGCUGGACGGAGACUGAUUACGUUUUUUUUUUGUUGAUUUGUCUUUUAUUUGUUUCGUUUCGCCUCUCUGAAAAGAAGCCAUUUUGUUUUGGAAGAGAUAUUUUGGAAAUAUUUGUAAGAUAACCUAUUUUGUACAGCAAACUGCUCUUUUUAUCUGGUGUGUCGACUCCUGAAGGACCUCCAUCAGUCCAGGGAAUGCCUUACUCUCUCCUGCAGCAAUCAAAAUGCCGUUUUGCAUCAACAAUAUCAUGCAAUAGUGAGAGAGUUUAAGAUUAAAGUUUGGGUAACAUUAUGUUGACAGACUAUGGAGAAUUCUUUGAAGAACUUACUGACGCAAAACUUUAAAGAAAGACUCAAGGCACAUUUUUGAGUUAUUCUGCUAAAGACAAAAGAAAGCCCUGUACUUGCCGUUCACCUCUCCGCAUUGGCUAAUGAAAAACUCUGUUUAGAUGCAUAUUUAAAUCAGCUUGCAGAUGGAACUCGUUAGCGACUCCGUCUGCAGCAGUGAUCUACGAUCCACUGCGCAGUUUCAGACACUGUUAAAAAUGUACCUACUUGAUUUGUGCCUACCAAAGAGAUUCUGGGCACACAGUUUAAAGAUCCGACGCAGUAAACUUUUGAGUGUCAGGUGUCUGGCGCCCCCCCCUUUUGCAAAUCCUGAAAGCAAACAAGCACAAACAAACACAGACGCAGAAGCUUCACUUAGUCUGGGAUUAUGAUCAGGGAUCUGGGAACAAUCACCUGAAAGGCUUUGGAUAAAAUGCCAUCGUUUUCCAAGCGUUCAGUCUUUCAGCCUGGCUGGAUUGACAAUCACAAAUUCUAUACUUUGCUGCGCUGCAGUUCAAAGCCAGUGGAUCGGAUGUAUCAGCAAUCACUCCUGGGGGGGUUGUUUACCCCAGCUGUAAAUCUUUCAAAUGCCCGAUGUCUCAAACUACCAGCUUUACUUCUGUACAGUUUAAAAAAAAAAUCUCUGGCAAAGGUAGGAAUGCGUUAACACCACCUUUGUGCAGCAACUUACACCAACAAAGCCACUAUUUGUGUGUGUAAAUUCUGGAAUUUGUCAAAGAUUGCUCCUUUUGCAAUAUUAUAGUCAUUAUAUAAACAUAUGAAGACACUGAUUGUUUUUUGUUUUUUUUUCUACCUUCUUUUCUUCAGGGAGUACUCUUAGCACCCAUGUAAAUCAGACUCAUUCAGCUGGAUUUGAAAACGAAAAGGUGAACAUGAAGUGUGUUACAUGCUGUCAAGUUUUUCUGUUUUGUUCGCUAUGAGAGUUAGCCGAGUUUGUUUCCUGCAAACACUGAACGCUGAGCCAGUAGAAGAUGGUUUUGAUACACACUUUUCGCCCAUAGAUACACUCACUGAACUACUCCCUGUUCCUCUAGAAGAUAAGUUUCAUUUAUGGUUCAUUUUGAAGUAAUUUAUUCUAAUUUAUUUUGUGCAUAACUGCUCAGUGCUACUGUAUAGACGCUGUCUUGGCUUGUACGGUCCUUUUUCUGCUCGUCGUCAGGGUGCGUUCAGUUUUUAAAGCCUGCGUGCGAGUAGGUUGGACAAAAGCCAUGUGCCUCAUGCUCUCUCACUCUUUCAUUCUCGCGUGCAAAAUGACGCGAGUCGUUACAAAUCGUGCUAAACGACAAGACAAUCAAAAAGCCAAAAAAAAAACAUGUGCCUUGUGAUAAAUAAGACCUGCCCCGACUUCAUCCUCAUCAGCACUUGGCAUAGUUUACCUUACAGUUCUCCUGUUCCGGCUCUCCGUUUCACCAAUCUCACAUAAGCUCGUGAGGCACAGGCUCAACCUUUGACAGCUCUCAGCAUGAACGGCGACCCUUUUCACCAUGCCGAGCCCUCUCAAAACCACAAGUGACUGUUUUUGCAACAUGAACUGUAAAAAAGGUUUCCUUUUUUUUUAAUCUGUAUACUGUAUUUGCACCUAUUCUGUUUCUACUAUUUUUCUGAAACUCCCACUAGAUUGCUGAAAACCUUUUUACGAUCUGGGGUUACCUGGAUUGGCCAGUCUAAUCUGGGAUUUUUUUUCGAAAAUUUGGUACUGCAUUCUAACGAGGCUUCGAAGGGGAAAAUGAGCCACCGCUGUGCCCAGCAUUGCAUCUAUUUAAGAUGGAUUGAACAGCCACUCGAUCUGAGCCUGCCGUUAUUUUCCACUGUUUCAACUUUGGCUCAAGUGAGACGUUUCUGUUCAAUCCGUCGGUGUCUUUGAUAUGGAUAUCAAUUUGUUUGGAAAAGAAAAAGACUGUCAAGUUAUGUUGUGAUUUGUAGUUUUUUUUAAUAUAUACAUUUGACAUAAAUUUGACACACCAGUUGUUACCUUUAUAAAACCAAUUUUACAUACUGCUUUUUGUAAGAAGAACUAGAAAAUGAUGUUUUUGGUUUUCUAUGAUUGCAGUUUAUAACAAAUGUCAUUAUUGAUUUAGGAUAUUGCCAAGUCUGCUGUGUCACUCAAUUAAAGGGCUUUUUAAUAUAUGUAAAUGGAGUAAACAUGCAUGUCCAACAUUCCCGGAAAUGAAAUCUAUAUCCUAAAAGGUCUGAAUGUAACUUGAGUGGGAAUCACAAUAUCUCUUUUCUACGUGAACUGAACAGUUGCAUUUUUAAACUACUGCGCUCGCCACGCACGAAGCCUGAACGUCUUCAUCUUUUGCUGUCUUUGCUUUCAGAGUGGUCUCAAGGAUUACACACUGGUGUGUCCUAAUGAAGUGAGACCCAGUCCAGAUGUAGCAGUUUUUUUUUUGUUUGUUUGUUUUUGACGAAAACAUCGGCUGUGUUAUCUUUGGGACUGCUCUGCAUCUCCUGUGCUGAUUUUGAACCACGUAGGACACUGGAGCGAUGGAGGGAUUUAGAAGGACGAGUACAGGGGGGAUGUUUGUUCUUUUCUAGUGCAAUAUGCUGUACAUAAGAGCUUGGCUCACCAAAUCUUACAAUUUCUUCUUAAAUUUGUUUUGUUGUUAAAUGGGUACAUUGCUGUUUUGAUUUCUAAUAAAACUUUACGAACUACUAA